AUGGAGUCGCGAUUGGAAGUUCGUCUCGCGAAUUUUAUAAUUUUUGUGUCAGUUUUGCUGGCAAUUUCGACGGGAGUAAGGUCCCAGGACAAUGCCUCGUCUGGACGUCUUAUUACCUUGCAAACCGGAAGUCCAGCGCCUGCUCCUCCGCCACAGGAAGUGAUCAUCGAAGGGGAUUACGAUCACCAUCACCAUCAUCCUCCGGCGUAUCCCCCAACCUAUCCAUAUCCCCCGCAACCCCAACCUUCGCAUUGUCAUUGCCCACCGGGACCUCCAGGUCCACCAGGACCUCCUGGGACCCCCGGACAGCCCGGCCAGAAGGGUUAUCCUGGCACCAAGGGCUCCAAAGGUGAUCCUGGCGAGAAGGGAGCAAAGGGAGAUAAGGGUUAUCCGGGCAUGCCUGGAAUGCCUGGACCACAGGGCCCACCUGGAUAUCCUGGAGGAGCAUAUCCUCCCUAUCCCUAUCCUCCACCGCCGCCACCUGGUCAUGGACAUGGAGGGCACGGAGGCGGACAUUAUCGCCACCACGAUGGUGAUUACUAUGAAGAGGAUGAGGAUCAUUAUGGUCAUGAACGCGCCUUUAGUAUUAUAGAAGAGGAUCAGCUUGGCCACCAACCCCUUAUCUUGGCCUUUAGCCAUCAGAGGAAUCCACUGACCUCAAGAUCAACUAAAAGGAGAAAUUAAACUGAGUUGUUUCUAUCAAAAAUAAGGGAAAAAUUCAUUUUUUGUUUCUUAUAUCAGGGAAAUUUCUGAAAUCUAGGUUUUUCUUGGUUCACUA